AUAAUGUUAAAACAUGGAAAAACUUCGGCAAGUGUGACCAGGCGGCGCGUACUUACCUCGCAGUUUCGGCGACAUCCACACCUUCCGAAAGGUUAUUCUCAGACUGUGAAAAAGAUAAAAUUCAUGAGAUUGUUGGGUCAGAAUACAAAGGUCUUGAUAUUGACGAAGAGUUGAAAAAAUUAUUAAACAACGAUAAAUACAAGUUAACUUGGAUCCGUUACGAAUUUAAAAACGUUAAAUUGAUAGGAAGAGGUGGUUUUGCAACUGUGUUUAGCGCAAUAUGGGAAAGAAAAUUGAACGAAUACGUUCCGUUUGAAUCUAUACAAUUUUAUAAUGAUUUAAUCAAAUCGUAUUAUGACGAAGAAAUUCCCGAAAAUAUAUCAGGCUCAGAUGAGUUGAGUGAAAUUUUAAAAAAAUAUUCAUCUAGAUUUUCCGAAUUAAACCGAUCGCAACCGAUAAAUAUCGACUAUGAAUAUAAAGAUGAGGAUUUAGAUUUGCAAAUAUUAUGA